GGCGUUAUACGGCUGAGGAAUAGCGAGCGAAGAAUAUCUCAAAGACUAGUCUUGAACAAUAAAGCGAGACCGGGGGUUUCCAGAAGAUUCAAGAACGUUGAAACUUCUUCUUACAUUGCCUCCCCCUACGGAGACACUCGGAUGCCUUCAAGUGCUGGCCAGUCAUUCCUUUCAAAAAUAAUUCCCAACCCAAAUAUCCACCGCAAGGCAAAAAUAGUCAUUGACUUAGAGAGUACAUGCAUUUUACGAAAACCCGGCGUUACCAGCUUUCUCAUUAUAGAUAUCCAAGUUUGGAAGAACUCCUGGUCGGUUUACUUUGGAUUAAAAAAACUAUCAAACUAUGCUUACUCAUGCCAUGGUGCCUUUUCUGCAUUUCAUAAUGCUGCCUUGCGUCUAUCCCAUACUUCAACUCGGUAUAAACGGCCCACGUUCCUUUACCGUGUAACCUCUGCGCCUGCUGUUUUGGUUUUUAUCUGGUAGGUGCACUCACUUUUACGAUAACCUCAGACACGAGGCGAUGAAGACAAAGGUCAAGCCAGCUUCCCCGGCACUGACAGUUUCAACGCAAAAGAGCAUCUGAAGGUUUGUACCA